AUGCCCGUCACCUCAUAUGACUCCGCCUCCAUGGGGCCCAAACGAGCCCCUCAGCUUGUCCUUCAGGCACGCCCCAGACGCAUAUCGCUGCAUAAUAUCUUCGGCGAUGAAGUCGCCGACCGGGAUCUCCUAAAGCCUCUCACUGACGAUGCCGCCCCUCAUCAUAUAAGCAUCAGCGGAAUCAGUGCCUUCCUGGUCGCUAUCAAACGACCGUUGUCUCUGCCAGGCUUCGACACCCUGUAUGAGCUUAACGACGCCGUUCAAAGCACCCUCUUCCGUGCUCCUGUCGCAUCACUGAUCUCGUCUGCCGACGACAAGUCAUCUUCUACCACAACGGUGGUCUACGACAAGAUACCGGCGGCGAUCCGCAUCCUCGGCGCAAACCCCGGCAUUCAAGAUGAGUCUACCAGCCUCUGGCGCCAUUCUUCCCGGGCCGGUUCGCAGAAUCGCCGCCGCAGCGGCGACAUUGGCGUCGAAGGAGCCAAGACCACCACACCGCCCGCCCCUGGUGCUCAUAUCUCGUUCUGGCUGCUCAUCGCCAAUACCAACCUCCACCCGUCUAUGACAGACAUCAUCUCCAAGACGACCGGCACAUUCUACCAGAGUGCAACGACGCCAUACCUCUCGGUCAACUACUGCAUCCGCGAGCACUGCAGCCACCACACGACGGACGAGUGUAGUGGCGUUGCCGGACUGGCUAGGGCGGGCGAGGCCGGCCUGUACAACCGGUACCUGCUCCGUGAGGAGGUGGCGUAUGUGCAGGAGCAGUUCGAGAUCGAGACAGCCGACGUGGUGCACUUUGCGGUCGUGCUGGGCUGGAGGUCCUUCACGCUCUGGCGUUUCACGCCUAACUCGCCGACGGGAAUCAUCAGCCGUCGGUCUAUCGAGAAGGCCUUGUCGCAGCCGUCGAGAAAGGGGAGCCGCCGGGAGGGUUUUGAUUUCGAUCGCGGCGCUGCUGCUGCUCAUUCCGAUACGGCAGGCAGGGAGAGUACUACGAGGGGCACCCAGGAGCACGACAAGAGACAUGAUGUCAAGAACAAGGAUGAGACAAACACUGGCAAGGGAGAUCAAAAGGGAGGUUCCUUAGACGCCGGGACAUAUUCUCGCGCCGACGCCGGCACCGCCUCUCUUGUGGCGAAGACUGCGAAUCCCAUGGCAAUGCCUGCGACGAGCCAAGGUAUGUUUUCGAUGGGUUCCAGACUGCGACAGAAACAAGUCGAGUCUGAAGGCAAACCCAGAGCUGAAGCCAGUGACACAGCGCACCGCCAGGAGCGCCAGCAGAAAUACCACGACAAGAGACUCCACGGCCUGGGCUGGGACGGAUGCACUAUGUCGUAUCUGCUGGGCGGGCGCACGACGAUACGGGCCGACGUCACCGAGCUCGCACGCUUCAUCAACGCCAUCCACGCAUGGGGCGAGGGCCGCCACGCCGCGGGGGUCGUGGAGGAUGUGGUCGCGUUGUACUCUUAG